GAGCCCGGUCGCCCCGCCCUCUGAGAAAACUCCGCUCGGCCGGACUGCACUGGGUACCCGGAGCCAUGGGGAAGCUGAUGGUGCUGACCCUUCUUGGGGCCGGCCUGGCCCUGAUCGGGGAGAGGGUUUGGAUGCUUAGACAAAAAUUGAAUGCCUUUCGAGAAGUGGAGCCAGUAGACCCCCAUAACUGCCACCUCAUUGAAGGAAUUGAAAAUGGCUCUGAAGAUAUUGAUAUACUUCCUAGUGGGCUGGCUUUUAUCUCCAGUGGAUUAAAAUAUCCAGGCAUGCCAUGCUUUGCACCUGAUGAGCCAGGACAAAUCUUCAUGAUGGAUCUGAAUGAACAAAACCCAAGAGUCCAGGCACUAACCAUCAGUGAUGGUUUUGACAAAGCAUCAUUUAAUCCACAUGGGAUCAGUACUUUCAUCGACAAAGACCAUACUGUGUAUCUUUAUGUUGUGAAUCAUCCCCACAUGGAGUCUACUGUGGAGAUAUUUAAAUUUGAGGAACAACAACAUUCUCUGGUACACCUGAAAACUAUAGAACACGAACUUCUCAAAAGUGUGAAUGACAUUGUGGUUCUUGGACCAGAACAGUUCUAUGCCACCAGAGACCACUAUUUCACCAACUUCUUGUCACUGUUAGAGAUGAUCAUGGACCUUCACUGGACUUACGUUCUUUUCUAUAGUCCAAAAGAGGUCAAAAUAGUGGCCAAAGGAUUUAAUUUUGCCAAUGGGAUCACAAUCUCACCAGACAAAAAGUAUGUCUAUGUAGCUGAUGUAAUGGAUAAGAAUAUCCAUGUAAUGCAAAUACAUGGUAACUGGGAUUUAACUCAACUGAAGGUAAUACAGUUGGACACCUUGGUGGAUAACUUAGCUGUCGAUCCUGACACAGGAGAUAUUUGGGCAGGAUGCCAUCCUAAUGCCAUGAAGCUGUUUCUCUAUAACCAUGAUGAUCCGCCAGGGUCAGAAGUUCUCCGCAUCCAGAAUGUUCUGUCUGAGAAGCCCAGUAUAAGCACCGAGUAUGCCAAUAACGGCUCUGUUCUCCAGGGCAGCACUGUAGCUUCCAUGUACAAAAGGACACUUCUCAUAGGCACCAUAUAUCACAGAGCUCUGCGCUGUGUGCUCUAGACUCUGGAUGAUCCCAAAAGGCUACGUGUUUGGUUAAAGUAAACCCCUCAUUCUGUAAAAAGUAGAACUGCAAGUAAACGGCAAAUGCCGACAAAAGCGUGCCUGGCUUUUCUUAUGGGUAGAAGUUAAGAAGCAGAAAGGUUACCUAGUCUUCAGCAAACUGAAAGUCAAGAUAGUGACAGUUCAACAAUAAGCCAAAUCUCUCAACUCGUUUUGUCUAGUCCCCCUGGUGUUCUUUCCACAGGAAGGUGUGGUGAGUGACGUGGCCAAGUCCCCUAGGACUCCUCGGCAGCUGUGGCAAAACCACCCCCUAGAACUGUCAUGUUAUGAGCCACCCGCCAUCCAGACUGGGAGAAAAGCUGAUAUUCAAAUAUUUACAACCCCCUUCUUUUCCUUCAAUUGUGCUAGGCACAAACUGCCAAUCAAAUGCCCAACGUGUGGAUAAAAGCAAGAUUUGGCAUCACAGGACUCCCCAAAGACCUCCUCAAACUUGCAUUCUCCCCCCAGUGCAGACAUAGGAACCAGGGGCUGGAAAGUCUGACUGAGAGAGGCCUCACUUAGGGCAAGCAGGGCUGACCUCCUCCUUUGUAACCAGCCUUCAUUUGUGCAAUGGUUGCCCCGUAUCCGUGAUUUCACUUUCCAUGCUUUAAGUUACCUGUGGUCAUUCACAGUCCAAAAACAUUACAUGAAAAUUUCCAGAAAUAAACAAAAGUUUUAAAUUGCAUGACAUUCCGAGUAGCAGGAUGAAAUCUUGGGCCAUCCAUUCCCUGCUGCCCUGGAUGUGAGUCUCCCUUUGUCCAGCGUCUCCGCACUGUACAUGCUCCCUGCCUGCUAAUCGCUCAGUGACCUCUGGCUUAUCACCUCCACUGUCACGUGGUAUCAUAGUGCUGGUGUUGCAGUAACCCUUAUUUUAC